AUGGAUUCUAUUUGGAGCGGAUCUCUGAUGAUGGUGGUAGGGAUAUUGGGCCUUGUUCCACUUUUGUACGUGAUGAUGAGGCUGCUAAUAUUCCGUAGCCGUCUCCAUCCGUUCCACUAUCUGAUAUUGUCAAAACUUGCGGCCGACGCUAUAGAAAUGGUUCUUCCGAUGAUGACGUUUUCGGCUUCGCAGCUACUGUUCGGUCGCUGGUUAGGUGUGCAAAAUGACCCCAUUGUUGGCUAUCUAGCGUUAUCACUGCAGUACUCGAGCAUAUAUACCUCUGCAGCAAUGACCGUCAAUCGACUCAUUGCCGUUGUUUACACACAUCAGUACAGUAAAUGGUUUAACAAAAAGACAACAAUAAUUUGGAUCAUAGCAUGCUGGAUGAUUGCAUGGAUUCACAAUGCUAUUCAUUUGAAAGAGAACUGUAGCUUCAUAUUCAAUGCUCAAAUGCGGCAGUUUACCUUCAGUGAUGAACAGUGCGGACGCACACUUUCUCUUUAUCAAGAUUUGAUCUACAAUGUCACCUUGGCAAUCAUUACCACCUUGGCUGACAUUUACUGCUUGCUGAAAAUGACUUACUACAGAGAGACAGCAACAAAUUCGAUUUUCUACGUACUGAUGCUGGCAUCAUUCCAUAUUGCUGAGUGUUUCGAGGGAAUUACGAUACGCUUUAUCCUCACGGUAAUCGCGUGGCAAGUAUAUCUCGCAUCAACACCGUGA